AGCAGAGCCACCCGAAGCGCCAACACAUGAAGACAAAGUCCAGCUGUCAUAAAAAAGAGACACCAGCGAGAAAAAUAUAGAAAACAACACGGGCCAAGUUCGAAGAUUGUGUGCAAGCAAACUAGCCGUUAAAUUGAGUUCCGUUCGAGUGGCAAACAAACCUGAGUAGACCUGCCGCCAUGAGCUUCACCCGCCAACUUUCCGAGAUGAGUGCCAGCGAGUUAAACGAUGCCAUCGAUGACACCAACUUCCCGCAGGCACACAUCCUGUCGCGUGGUCGCAACAACAGCGUCUGCUCAACAAGUAGCACCUCGGGCACCUCCUCGCUGGCGGACAGGCCGCAACCUCAGCCGGAGGAGGCAAUUGCUAUUAUGGGUACGCCAACUGAGGAAUUGGCUCCUGCUCCUGUGACCGGAAACCAGAGACCCCGCCUCAUCCUGAAGACCAAUGGCAGCAGUCCGGAUAGCGAUGGUACACAACCGAAAACACCAAUGACACCGCGUACAUCGACAACGCCAGGUAGUGGCCAUGAGAAGUGCACGUUCCACCACGACCUGGAGCUGGACCACAAGCCACCGACGCGAGAGGCACUACUGCCAGACAUGGCCCGUUCCUACCGCCUCCUGUUGGGCGGACUGGGCGAGAAUCCGGAUCGCCAAGGAUUGAUCAAGACCCCGGAGCGAGCGGCCAAGGCCAUGCUGUACUUCACCAAGGGCUACGACCAGAGUCUCGAGGAUGUCUUGAAUGGCGCCGUGUUCGAUGAGGAUCAUGACGAAAUGGUGGUGGUGAAGGACAUCGAAAUGUUUUCCAUGUGCGAGCACCAUCUGGUGCCGUUCUACGGCAAAGUGUCCAUCGGGUACUUGCCGUGCAACAAGAUUCUCGGCCUCAGCAAACUGGCACGCAUUGUGGAAAUCUUUUCGCGCCGUCUGCAAGUCCAGGAGCGCUUGACUAAGCAGAUUGCCGUGGCCGUAACUCAAGCCGUUCAACCUGCUGGUGUUGCUGUUGUGGUAGAGGGAGUGCACAUGUGUAUGGUGAUGCGUGGCGUGCAGAAAAUCAACAGCAAAACUGUUACCUCUACCAUGCUGGGCGUAUUCCGAGACGAUCCCAAGACCCGUGAGGAAUUCCUGAACUUAGUCAAUAGCAAAUAGAGUGGACACUGAGGACGACUUUAAAUCCGAGACCAACUAAACCCUUUAAAUAUUUUUGGAGGCGCUUAUAUACAAACAAACAAAAAUGAAACGAAACACAGGGUCCAUUAGUUUAUGUUUUUAGGAUUGAUUUCAUUUAGUUAGUGCAAUGAUUGCAGCCAUUACCCUUGUUGAUUUGUGUAAAAAUUGUUAAAAAUUCUGUUAGCUAAAUACGUUUUUUAGAUAAAAGAGAGAUUGAAAGAGAGGAGAGAUUCGAUAAGGUCGAGAUUUAAUUUCCGGUGUUGGGUAGUUCUAUGUUCAAUUUUAUAUGCAGUUUUAUGGCACUCGGACGAUAAUUUUUUAAACUUAUCUAUAUACAUACGAGUAAUGCAUUGUGCAAUAAGGGAACAACUGAUAAUAAAUCAAGGCAAAUUGUUUAGGGAAUUUACAAUUUAAACACAGUUCAUAAAAAUUAAUCAAAUCUGUAUGUAUGUUAAUCUAUAUAUCAAGUUAUAUUCAAAAUGUUCCAAAAGAGGGACCAAAGCUUAUUGGACGAUUUUAAAUGUUGAAAUUGAAUGCUCAUUAUAUACAAGAUGUUGCUUGUAGUAAAUCGAAGCUGCUUAUUAAUUAUACAAUAAAUUAUGUAUUUAAAUACCGUU